AUGAUUCUUCCACCCACUGCUGACGCCAUCAUGUGGGGAGUUCGAGAGCGUGUGGUGCCACGCCACGUGCUGUUUCUCUCGCUCGACGUGGCGUUCUUGUUUCUUGCCAUUUACUGUAUCGCGGGCGUCAUUUUCACCGCAUCCAUCGCCUGCCGCACAGCGCUUGGCUGGAUUGACGUCGAUGGGGACAAGGAACGAUUGCACGCCUAUUAUGCAUCUAACAUAUUCUUCCUUUUGGAGAGCACGCAGUCACCACCUGCGCGCGGCGUGCGUGAGCUGGGAGACACCGCAGCGAUGGAUCUGGAGGAGGGCGGGUUAACGACAGAGGCGGUGGCGGCCGGGAGGGGGAGGAAGCCUCUGCCUUGGAGCUUGGCCCUGGCGACCUUGACGAGAGUGGAAGGAGUGGUAGUGGUGGCCCGCGCCUUUCCGCACCGCUGA